AUGGGAGUCAGCCAACGCGUCAAGUCCAAGUAUGUUUUCCGUCUUCCGAUUUCGUUUCUCAAGGCAAAGCGAAUGAACGUGAAAGGGAAGGAUAUAGACGCCGGAGAAGACCUCGACAAAGGGUUAUACGCGAGUGUCCCCCACACAGUUCGGGUGCAGUAUGAACCAGACGUUGAAUCAGAGAUUGAGUCCGAUGAAGAUGUCGACCUUGUCGACAUUAGCUCAUCUGGCUCUGCUGCUACUAGGAAGAGGAAGGGACUAGUCAGUUGGGGCGACGUCAAAGAUCUGGCGAGCAAUCGAUGGACCAUUGAGCAGGAGAAGCAGCUUGUACAUGCACGAGCUGAGCUGGCUAGAUGCCAGAAAGCAUGGAGCUCGGAGCAGGAUAUUUGGCUGAAAUAUAUUGAAGAAUUAAGCGAAGAAAAGGAAGCACACGAGGAGUUUCUCAACAAUCGUGCGAAACACAUCGGUGACGAACAGAACCACUUUCGCAAAGCCUGGGAUCGAAACCGAAGGCGCUCAGAGCAGGAUCAACCGCAAGAGCGGCCGCAACGACUGACCCCGGGACAGCGAAGGGCGAGCUUGCCGGUGCGACUAGGGAAACUUAGGGGAAGAAACUAA